AAUUCACUUCAAUUUUCGUAGCAACAUAAAAACACGAGGACUGAAAUCUCACAGGAACUGGCAGGUGAAGAAGGAAAAAGGGCAUUACAUUAAAGAUCUAAUCGAAUAAUGGAAGAAUUUAUUUCAUCUUCGGGAGUUGAAAAUGCAUACAAAGCUGCAAAUAUGCUGAGCAUGGAUGCUUCACAGUUUGGAAAUGAUGCUUCAUAUGAAUACAUGUGGGCAGUCAAGACCUUCAAGUAUGCAGAAACACACUUUAAGCUUAUCAGCACCUUUGACCCAUCAAAGCUGAGACUCACAAAAUAUGAUGACCAAAUAUAUAGAAUGUUCAAAAGAUAUUUCAAAAACUUUAAGGUUGACAUUGUUGAUAUAGAGAGUUUGAAAACGGAAACAUCAAAGGCAAGAUGGAGACCAUUCUGUGAGCUGUUUAAAGGCAAAGUAGAAGAUUAUAAUUUUGGAACUCUACUCAGAAUGGAUUGCUCUAAAGGGUAUUUGGAAGAUAACACAGAGCUUGUUACCAGAAUUCAAUUUCUUGCAAUUGAGCUGGCAAGAAAUCGGCGUGGGCUCAACCAAUUCCAUCUAAAUGAGGACAAGAAGACAGACAAUGAUGUGAGAUCAGAUAAACAGACUGUCGAAAAAGCUUGUACUGUAACAGAAGAAGGGGCUGAAAGCAAAGAAAUUCACCAUGCAGAAGAGUCCAAAGAUAUCGAAUGCGGUGAAGAGGCAGCCCAAAGUAGCUCGUCAAGUUAGCAAAUGCCUCACUCCCUUGCAAGCGCUUUUUCAUUAUAAUACACAAAGGUAGAGACAAAGUAUAAAUAUGCUGGAUAGUAAAAGGAAGAUAGCCACUUGACAGACAUUCAAAAUAAGAUAUCAUCUCAGUUUUUUAAAGGCCAUGUUUUUCUAAAGUUACAACUUAUAUAGAAGAUAGAGUAAUUUUACAGUACAGUAGAGGGCAAGAAAUACUAGAUAGAUAUUUGUACAGAAUGGAAACUGCAAAAUUGGAAAGUGAUUGGUUCAUUGUUUAGAGAAGGUCCAGUAAUUCACAAGAGACUUUCCACACAAUCAAAUGGUUAACCUCAGCUGAUACAUUGAUGGAUCUUUCCUUGAUGUAUUACUUGAUGAUUUUUAAAUAAAGAUGAAAAUAGUAUCCGUAUAUUCUUAAAUUAAGUUUUUUUUUCAUUUAAUUUUGCUGGGAAUACAAAUAAAAAGCUGAAAGCGGCCAGCAAUGGGGUACGCGAUUUCCAUUGUGAAAUAAAGUUUGGAUUUUUCUAGAGUUAUGAAUGUAGAAUUGGGAAAUGUUUUGUUGAAUAAAAUAUCCUUUUCCUAUGUAUUUUGUCUCAGCUUCUCCAAGUGUGCUUGGUUUUUUUCUAACAAUGCAAGUAAUAUAUCUUAGUCUUCUGUAUAUGUUAUAUCGAGGGUAGAUUCAUAUGCUUGACCACCAAGUGAAUGUAAAAAAUA